AUGGAGGAAGAACUCAAGAGCUUCGUCAAAGUAUGGGUUUCUGCAAUAAUCUCUGUGUCUUACUGUUACUACGUACCAUCCAAGAUCAAAAGUGGUGUUUAUCGAUUACUCUUUGUUCUUCCCGUCUGUGUUCUUUUUCUUGUUCUUCCUUUGUUCUUCUUCUUUACUGUUUUCUCUUCUACUACAGCGUUUUGCCUCUCUAUACUUGCCAAUUUAAAGCUAAUCCUAUUUGCUUUUGACAAAGGUCCUCUUGUACCACUUCCCAAAAAUCUUUUCCGAUUCAUAUGCUUCACUUGCUUCCCCAUCAAGCUUCAAGAAAACCCUAACUCUCAAAAGCAUGUACCCAAAUGGGUUUUCCCUAGUAAAGUUGCAUUUUUGGGGGUGUUGUUAAACGUUCGUAACUAUACAAAAUUUUUGCCUCCAAUUCUUCUACGAUGUCUCCAUCCAUUGCAUCUAUACCUGGUGUUGGACGUUCUUUUAACCAUCGUCAACGCUUUGCUAACCAUCAUUCUUGGAUGCGACCUGGAGCCACAUUUUAAUAAACCAUACUUAGCCACGUCUCUUCAAGAUUUCUGGGGUCGCCGUUGGAACCUCAUGGUCUCGGCUAUUUACCGACCAUGCAUCUAUUUUCCGGUGUGUUCAGUAUGGCAGCACCAAAUGGGGUCCACCAAUUGGGCAAGGUUCAUAGGGCGUUUCACGACAUUCGUCUUCUCUGGUUUGGUUCACGAGCUUGUAUACUUCUACAUAAACCGUGAGACGCCUACAUGGGAAGUUACUUGGUUCUUUGUAUUACAUGGGGUCUGCACAUCAGUGGAAAUAGCGGUGAAGAGGAAGAUCCGAUGGCUGUUGAGUCCGAUGGUGUCACGGUUGUUCACGCUUGUUUUCUUGAUUGUGACAGGUGAUUUGUUGUUCUUUCGUCAGAUUCAAAGGAGCAACAUGUUGGAGAGACGCGCCAAUGAAGCCUCCCUAUUCAUUGAUUUCUUAAAACGCAAGGUUUUUAACUUUCAGUUAUAA